AUGUCUAUCCAGUUAAUUAAAUUCUCUGGAGUUGCUGCUGGAGAAGCCUGUACUAUUGUAUUACGUGGAGCUACGAACCAAUUAUUAGACGAAGCAGAGAGAUCUUUACACGAUGCAUUAAGUGUACUGACACAAACUGUAAAAGAAACACGUACAGUGCUCGGUGGUGGUUGUUCUGAAAUGCUUAUGUCUAAAGCGGUCGAAGAAAAAGCUAAGAAAACAGCUGGUAAGAAAGCUAUUGCUGUGGAAUCUUUCGCAAAGGCUUUGAGGCAGAUUCCCAUCAUUUUGGCUGAUAAUGCUGGUUAUGACAGUGCAGAUCUUGUUGCCAGAUUACGUGCAGCACAUUAUGAGGGAAAGUCUACAUUUGGCUUAGAUAUGCGAGAAAUUGGAAUUACAGAAUCAUACAAACUUAAACGCCAAGUAUUACUUAGUGCAUCAGAAGCCGCAGAGAUGAUUAUACGUGUUGAUGAUAUUAUUCGAUGUGCACCAAGGUUUGACUUAUUUUAUAAUUAA